CUCCGUACUAAAACACCCUCUUUGUCUCAAUCCAUACAAUAACGCCAAGAGCAAUGGCUGAUCAAGCGGAACUUGUCUUUGUCAGGAGCUUUGUAAAAGUCAUUGGAGCUCAGCCUAUCGUGUACAGUGACGACUACAAUCAACCUCCACAGAAUUCACUAAAGAAGGUCCCUAUCUUACCAGUUGAGCUCCCCCCUGUUCCAGAACGUAAAGGAGAACCUUCUGCACCGCCAGCCGCAUCAAUCAGUAUUACGUUCAAGUCAACAAAGCCUCCGCAGUCGUUCACGCUUGCUGUGCAGCCAACAGAUACUGUAUCCGAAGUUAAAGCCUUGCUUGCUUCUCAACCGAACGCACCGCCCGCAGAAGCACAGCGGCUUUUACUCAAAGGAAAGGCACUUGCUGACGCAAAGCUCCUUAAGGAAUACGGUGUGAAAGAAGGAGACACUAUAAAUUUAAUGCUUAAACCCGGGUUUGAGUGGGAUCCUACUAAAUCUCCAUCCCCACCCAACACUUCGCCAGUAAAGAUGAAAUAUUCCAAUCUUCCCGAAAUACAAACACCGCAACCGAAACUGGCAACAGGUCAUAGGCAUACACGCACGCCCUCCAUCGUAUUGUCGCCAUCACCAUCAAUUGUGUCUCUCGAGCCCGAGGUCAAACCUCACGACAUUGAUCUGACUCUUGACACGUCUCUGUUACCCACCGCUUCAAUAUCGCGCGCAGCGCGGUCAAGUUAUCAGACUGUUAUCUCCGAGCCACCAUUUUGGGAUCGCCUGUACUCUUACUUGAGAACGGAAUUCAGUAACGAUAGUGAUGCACUCAUCGCUUUUGAGGACUUCCUCCGGGCAAGCAAGGGAGGGCUGACAGCCAGUGAAAUCGCGAAAAUCCGUGAUCAUGUAGGCGUUGUCGGAAUGGCGGGCACGUAGAGUAAUGAGGAUCUUUCGAAAAGUUAGUUGGGCUUCCACAUUGCACACUUGUCUUCAUAAUUCGCCUCUGUCGCGGCUUGCCAUAAAUGAAUUAGC